AUGCAUGUCUUGUGGCUAGUACCCUUUACCACGGCGUGCGCAUUGGCGACCGUGGUAGAUCUUGGAUACACGUUACACAAUUCUACAGUAGUGAACGCCAUUGAUGGAUUUGCAUACUUAAAUUUCUCCAACAUUCGCUACGCCGCGGCACCCACAGGCGCGCAUCGCUUUCAGCUCCCGCAGCCGCCCAAAGUCGACCGCUCGGUUCAAAAUGGGCUGCCGGAUGUGAUAUGCCCUCAGGCUCAGCCAGCCUGGAUGAAUACAGCCUUCGAGGUGUUGAGCGGAGGGACACCCACUGGUGCCGACUGGGGAAACUUUACUGCGUCUGACAUUCCCCCGGCUGAUCCUCGUACCUCCGAAGACUGCUUGUUUCUUGAUCUUCUGGUACCGGAGACGACUUUUAGCAACAAGGAUACCGGAAAGAAAUCUCCGGUCCUCUUGUUCAUUCACGGCGGCGGGUUUGUGGAAGGUUCAAAGGCAGCAUAUGGGUAUGGAGACGGCCUGCUGGAAAGCGAUUUCUUGAAGAACCACGGCGACAUCAUCUAUAUUUCCAUCAAUUAUCGACUUGGAUUAUUUCGUUUUGCGCUGCAGUGGGUACAACAGUAUGUCCAUCUGUUCGGAGGUGACCCAGACAAUGUCACUAUCAUGGGUGAAUCCGCUGGAGGUGGUUCUAUCAUGAACCAUAUAACUGCCUACGAUGGCAAGGAUUCCGAGAAGCUCUUCAGCAAAGCCAUUGUCCAGAGUCCCUGGUCGCUCUACACGCCCAAAAUUACCCAGGAAGAAGUCUUAAAGUCGGUUCUCAGCACUGCAAAUGUGACUACUGUCGAGGAUCUACGCAAAAUAUCAUCAGAUUCACUUCAGACGGCGAACGCUCUGGUGGUCGGCAACGCUCGACCUUAUGCGACUUUUGCCUUCGGUCCUGUGGUCGACGGCUCAUUUGUUACCGACUUACCGUCUAGAUUGUUGGCAGAUGGAAAAUUCCGCUCCUCUGUGAAACUGAUGACCGGCCACAACUCUGACGAGGGGAUUUUCUUCGCAUCCCCCUACAUCAAGACAAAUGACGACUAUAAAAGCUAUCUCGCAGCUCUCUUUCGAACAUUGUCUCCCUCGCAAAUUGGCACAGUCAGUGAGCAGCUCUAUCCGGCCAAAUUUGAUGGCUCAUUCGGAUAUACGGACGAAUUGGGUCGUGUAAGCCUCACUCUAGCAGACGCGACAAUUGUUUGUAAUGCGCGAUACCUGGAUGAGGCAAUCCAUGAGAGCUAUGCGUACGAGUUCUCUGUUCCUCCGGGCAUCCAUUCUGCCGACCUUCCCUACACAUUCCACGACUCGAUGUCUGGAGUCGGGGUCAACGUUUCGCUAGCAGAGCUUAUGCAAGCAUACUUUACCGAAUUUUCUACGACGGGUUCGCCUGAUGGGCCAGGCCUGCCUCCUUUUCCCAAGGAUGCCGACUGGAUGGUACAAAAUUUCAACUCGACGAACUUCGGUCCCAUGAAAGAUCCGGCGUCGGCGAAAAGAUGCGCGUGGUGGCAGAUGGCGUUAGGUGAUGAGAGAGAGAGAGAGAGAGAGAGUUGCAAGCCCGGAAAUAGCUUCCGCCCACGGGGCUCUUCCUGGCGGCCGUAA